AUGCAUUCUAUCAACAUCCAUAAUAAGUCUGGCCACGACCAGACCUUUGAGGUCCACGGAUGGGCCAAUAAUCAGAACAUCACGGUCAAGGCUGGGCAAACCUCUAAGAUUCCGGCUCCAGACGGAAGCUCGGGAGCAAUUAUCGCGCUCCAUGAGGGCCACGAGGGCGAACAAGUCGAAAUUACUAAGAAUGGAUAUGGUGGUAAUGAUUUCUUUGAUGUGAGCAACAUCGUCGGAGCUGGUGGUAACAUCACUGCCAUGCAAGUUGGAGACCAGUCAACUCUUAAAGGAGAUCCCCACUUCAUGCAGGACAUGAACGCAGCCUGGCACAAAGCAUCCCAGGAUACUCGAAACAAGCUCAAGGGCUUUGUCUUUACAAACGGCCAGGGCAAGGUCACUCGGAUUGGUCCUAUCAAGGAUAGCCCUGAGCUCGAGAAACUCGUUCGCACCUUUGCUAACGGCAAAGCCUACGUUGGAGUUGGUGCCUGGAAUGGCAAUCCUGGAAAUCCCGAUGAUAACGCCCAAAGCUCCGCCGGGCAUGGUAACAAAGAUAUCCUAAUCACCUAUAACGACGGAGAUGCAUCUCCAGAUUUGGCUUCACCGAAGCGGGAGAGCCGUGUGGCCGCAUUCGAAGUCCAGCGAGUUCAGGUUGCAGCAGCGCCACCAGCGCCACCAGCCAACGGACCAGGCAUCAUCCUCACCAACAAAUCCAAGCAAGAAUGCACGUAUUUCUUCUACGGCAACUACUGGAACGGCAACGGCACCGCCGGCGCUAAUUUCGAUAAGCCUAUGAAAAACGUCACGCUUGCGGCUGGAGCUAAAUCCCACAUUCCGUUGCCAACGACAUUCAAGGGCCGUGUCCAGCGUGGCACAGAGCUCCCUGCCACUUGGGUCGAAUUCCAGAUCAGCGCAUCCAACGAUGGCGCCGCACACGGCGACAUCUCCCUUGAGCAAGGUUGUGAUGGUGCGGCAACGAUUGCAUCGACUGAUGGCACCAAUCGCAAGAACGGGUUCGCCAAUGAUGUCCUGAAGGAUGCACCUGCGGCAGCCUGCGCCAAGAAGCCAAAUGGCACCAAGGCGAUCGCGACGACCGUCGGAAAUUGGGCGGCCGGGCCGAACCAGGCCGCGAUUGAUUAUUUGAAGAAAGUUGUUGGCCAGAAAAAAGCGUACAUUGUGGGGGGUACUGGAACGGAUGAUGUUGCGAGCAAGAAUAAAUGUCUUGCCGUUGAUAUGUACUGA